AUGAAGGGCUUACCCACGAAGAAGACCGACGAAAUCUCUGCAGGAGAAAUUCCAUCCGUUCACAAUGCACCUGCAGGUGUCAUAGAGGAGGGGUCUCUGGACCCGGUGUACGAAGCCAAGGCGAAAGUAUUGAACAAGGCUAUUCAAGACAUUGGUAUGGGGAAGUACCAAUGGCAGCUCUUCAUCGUCAUCGGCUUCGGCUGGGCUAUGGACAAUCUCUGGCCCGUCACCACCAGUCUCAUCUUGCCUCCUGUCAGGAGCGAGUUCCGACCUACCCGCGCGCCUUACUUGACUCUUGCGCAGAACAUUGGACUUCUGGUUGGCGUCAUCUUCUGGGGAUUCGGCUGCGAUAUCUUUGGUCGGCGCUGGGCGUUUAACUUGACCAUUGGCAUCACGGCCCUUUUUGGUCUGAUUGCAGCAGCAAGCCCGAAUUUUGCUGCUAUUGGAACAUUCGCAGCGCUGUGGUCCAUUGGAGUUGGUGGGAAUUUGCCUGUUGAUUCGGCUAUCUUUCUGGAGUUUUUGCCGGGUAGCCAUCAGUACCUGCUUACUAUCUUGUCGAUCGACUGGGCGUUGGCGCAGGUCUUCGCCACGCUGGUGGCAUGGCCGUUGCUGGGGAAUAUGACGUGUCAAGCAACGGACAAGAAUUGUACUAAGAGCGAGAAUAUGGGAUGGCGAUACUUCUUGCUCACCAUGGGUGGUGUAGCACUGCUUAUGUUCCUCCUGCGGUUUGUCUGCUUUACCAUCUUUGAGUCCCCUAAGUUCCUCAUGGGGAAAGGCAAGGACGAAGAAGCCGUCCGUGUUGUGCACGAAGUCGCCCGCCGUAACGGCAAGAUAUCGAACCUCACGAUUGAAGAUCUGCGAGCCUGUGAGAGUCUUGCUGUCGGUGGCAUAGCCGUACGACAGCAAACCACCGCUUCAGCAGCCGUAAAGAGAAAUCUGGAGAAGAUAGACACAAGCCAUCUCAAAGCGCUCUUCGCGACCAAGAAGAUGGCUUACUCAACCAGCCUAAUCACCGUCAUAUGGGCAUUCAUCGGCCUCGGCUUCCCGCUCUACCACGCCUUCCUACCCUACAUUCAAGAAACCCGCGGCGCCGACUUCGGCGACGGCUCAACAUACACAACCUACCGCAACACGCUCAUCAUCGCCACCCUCGGCGUCCCCGGGUGUCUUGUCGGCGGCGUACUCGUCGAAACACCACGCAUAGGCCGGAAAGGCGCACUUGCUCUAUCCACGAUUCUGACGGGCGUGUUCCUCUUCUGCUCCACCACGGCGCUGACGUCCAAUGCCCUGCUGGGCUGGAACUGCGCGUACGGUUUCGUGUCGAAUAUCAUGUAUGCCGUGUUGUAUGCGUAUACGCCAGAGAUUUUUGCGACCAAGGACCGUGGCACGGGGAAUGCGGUUACGGCGUCUGCGAACCGCGUGUUUGGCAUCAUGGCGCCGAUUGUGGCGAUUUUUGCUGACUUGCAGACGAGUGCGCCUGUGUAUGUGUCUGGAGCGCUGUUUAUCGCCGCGGGCGUGUUGGUUUUGUUGUUGCCAUUUGAGUCGAGGGGGAAGGCGAGUCUGUAG